CACCACGACAUCCUCCUCCACCGCGAAUAGCAGCCGCAGCCGCAUCCACGGUUGCGCACCCUCCAUCACCAUUCCUUUCUCGCUGCCUGCACCCAUGCUCAACCGCAUCGCUGCUCUCGCCGCAUCAUCACCUGCUUCCCCCUUGACGGAAUAACACGUGCUUAACCACGCGCGCAUACAAAGAUGCCGCCCGCCUCAACCAUCGUCGCUCCUCAGAUCGAGGACGUCUCCAAGGCCUUUGCCGUCUUAGGCUUCUUCAUCGUCGUCUAUGGCCAAGUCUCCUACAUAGCCAAAGAGCGGCUCUACCUCUCCGAGCCACUCAUUGCCAUCACGCUGGGGAUCAUAGUCGGCCCCUACGUGUUAGGAUGGGUCGAUCCUUUAUCAUGGUCAGAGGAUCCAGAAAUCUACCACGAGACGACGUACCAGUUCACACGUCUAGUCGUAGGAGUCCAAGUGCUUUUCACUGGAAUCGCUCUACCCAAGGCGUACCUACGCAGGGAGAUUGUAUCCCUCCUCGUCCUCCUCUUUGGAAUCAUGACGACGGCCUGGUUUGUCACCGCCCUUCUUAUCUGGGGACUGAUUCGCACGCCUGGUGAAUGGUCACUCACUUUCCUCGAGUCACUCUGCAUCGCCGCCGCCGUCACGCCAACUGACCCGGUCUUGGCAAACUCGAUCACAAAGGGACGCUACGCAGAGAAGCAUGUUCCCGCCAAUGUGCGCAACAUCAUCCUCGCAGAGUCUGGCGCCAAUGACGGCCUCGGCUUCCCCUUUCUGUACAUCGCCGUCUACCUCAUCGACCGCGCCUCCAUUGAUCGCGGCGAUAGCGUUGGCACAGAGGUGGGACGCUGGGUCUACGCCGUCGUCAUCUACCAGAUCAUCCUCAGCUGCGUCUAUGGAUUCGUCGUCGGAUUCAUUGCCCGCAAGACGCUUAAGUGGGCAGAGGGUAGACAGUACAUCGACAAAGACAACUUCUUUGCCUUUGGGUUGGGUCUCGCUCUCUUCACACUGGGCACGACGGGACUCUUCGGGUCGGACGACAUUCUCGCCUGCUUCGUGGCGGGAAACAGUUUCACGUGGGACGACUACUAUCGCAUCCGCAGCGAAGAGAGCGACGUACAGGAUAUUCUCGAUAUGCUGCUCAACGCGGCGGUCUUCAUCUACAUCGGCACCAUCAUCCCUUGGAACUACUAUCACGCCGUUGCCGAUCUCGAAGGACCCACGCUCGGCGGCAUUCCCACCUGGCGCAUCGUCCUGCUAGGCAUCUUCGUCCUCCUACUCCGCCGCCCACCUUGGGUCAUCGCUUCCACCAAGGUCAUCCCUGCCUUGACCACUUUCGGCGAAUCUGCCUUUGCGGGUUGGUUCGGCCCUAUCGGCGUAGGCGCUGUAUUCUAUAUCGAGGUCGCGCUACGCUCCAUCCCCGACGACGGAUCGCGAGAACGCCUUCGUUCCCUCUACACGCCCGUCGUGCUCUUCACCGUCUUCAGCUCAGUCCUCACGCACGGCGUCACCAUUCCCAUCUCCAAGCUCGGCCCACACGUGGUAAAGAAGACGGCAACUCUCACGCGCAGUCGUUCCAUCACCUUCACCUCGCGCCCGGGGUCGAGGAGUAAUACGCUCGACGUCUCGUCAACAGCGGCCGCUGCUGCAAAGGAGCAAGAACAGGACAGUGGGGCACAGCAAAGCGCAAGCUCAGGCCGACCCAAGUGGAACCCGCUCUACUCCGUCGGUAAGCGAACGCAGAGCGUCGUCCUCUUCUGGCGUCCGGACAGCUUCUGGCGGAGGGAGGCGGACCACCUUCGGCAUGGCGACCAGGAUGGCGAAGGCGAGGGGGCUGAUGGCGAAAAGAGGCCCACGAUCAGUGGGCCCAGUGAUCCACGACGUCGUCAUUCAAUCGAGGAGGCGCGCAAGGCUGAAGAGCAAGGGGCAAGUGCCAGUAGUGCCGAGAACGUCGAGGCCGGUACGAGCGAGUCCACAGGCUCUUCUCCAAGCGCAGACGCUGGACCUCGUGGGCAUCGCCCCGUCCCUUCCGCGCUCGAGCUGCCUACGACGAGCAGCGGCGAUCCUGCCCCUCCCGUGCCAGCCCAUCUCCGUAACGCAGGUCGAGCGAGCGAAGUGCCCGCCUCUGCCGCUUCGACCGACUCUCAGCAGCCGGCUCCGUCCUCUUCGGCGACUCACUUUAAAUGGUCUGCUGCAGGGUGGAACGAGGAGCUUGCUCGUGAGCGAGCAGAGGCUCAGCGCGAGGCCAGAGAGGGGUGGCCGGAGGCUGUCAGAGCUGCCAUGGGUGAACGGGGAGGCGAGGGAAGUGGUAGUCGACCUGGUACUCCGCGUGCAGGUGGGGCAAGCACGCCUGGUACGCCGAACAGGGUGAGGUUUGACUAAGAGAGCGAAGGGGUGGGAGGGAAUGCGAGGGACCGACGAUCACAGUCGAAGGGAGGAGCGCAAGAGCCAUGCUUUCAGUCGUGUAAUCAUCCUGCUGUGGGCCGGUACAAAUACAGUUGAUUCGGAGGACAGCCUGCUCACCGCCGUUCAUCCAAAAGCCAUCUUUCUGGCCAUCCUCUUCCUCUCCUCGAUCAUCUCCCUCGUGGCUACGAUGCGUUUGCCGUUGGUCGUUGCUUUAGCAUUGCCGUUAGCAUGGUUGCCCGGCGCUGUUUCCGCUUGCGCCUGCUUCUUGACGGCUAUGACCGCCUCACCCCCACCAGCGCGCCUCUUUUCGUCCCUCUCUCCACUCUCUUCCAACAAACCCUG